UACAAAUCUCAGCAUAGCCUCGGCGACGCCGGUACAAAGGCGAACACCGGCGAUAUCAAUUUGAACGGUGGGGACAUAUGUGGCGGCGAAAUAACUUACCGGGAAACCCAGAUUCUGAUCAGAGCAUAUCUGAGGAAGAGCCCGAAGAGGAAGAGCACGUGAAUGUUAAUUUGGGAGAGGUUGAAAUGUGGCCAAGUGAGAAGGCCAAGGAAGAGGGAGGAUUACUACUUCAAACAAAGCUUGAAAAACUCAUAGGUUGUGGUGAACUAGAUUAUGCUAGGGAAACCGGCGAUGUACCUCGGGAAGCACCUCUAGGGAAGAUAUCUUCCUCUGUUGAGGAAGACGUUGAAGUUCCUGAUUCCCCCGAGGAGAGUUAUUUCGCUUCUUCAAGAAGAGCCGGAUUAACUUGCGUAUCUGCUCAGGAAAGCGGGUCAGAUGAUGAGAUUCUACAUGAAGAACAAGUGGCAACCUGGUCUACUAUAAGUAAAGAAACAAAGUCACUAAUCCAUUUGAAUGGUAUUGCUUCAGUCUCAUCAUCCCAUACAUCAGGCUUCAGAGCCAAGAGAGGUAUUAAAGUUGCCAAAGAUCAUGUGAGGCCAAAAUUUUCAUUUCACUCACACACUCAUGGAGAAACGUUAUCCAAGAUAAGUGACAUGGCUGAACUCUUUGAGCCUGCUGCUGAUCAGGCGAUAGAGGAGGAUCCCAUUGCUGAAUGCCCCAACGAUUCCGAUGAAAGAUCAAAAGGUUUUUCUUUUGCUGAGUCGACGGAGGUUCUGCACGGGUACACUGAAGGUGCGGUAUCCAAGUUCUUACUCCCUCCUCCAGAUAAGAUUAGAUACAGCAGGCGUGAAGGAAAAAGUUUGAAAGUUAAUCAUAAGGGUAGUUCAUCAAACCUCCAAGAUAGUAAUACUGAUGAUGAACUUCCUGGACCCAUGGAUAGUGAAUCAUCAAGCGAUGAUGAGCCUAGUUGUCAAAUCUCAGUGCCAAACAUUUCCAACCAGAAGAAACAAUUUGUUGGAGACCGGUUUGAUGAAGCAAUAAAAGCUUCCUCUCUGUGCAAAGAAGGUCUCUUGUUCGGCUCACCUAAAUUAUCUGGUGGCUCUAGCCUGUAUGGGAAGCUACAACAGAUCAUGAAACAAGAAAAAGAGACGGAAAUAGAAAUCAUGAAGAAAUUGCGGGGUGGAAUCGGACAAGCAGAUGCGUCGAGCUAUGUUGAUAUAGAAAUCAUGUCAAGACACUUGGAGGGAAAGCUGGUUGUCUGCAAAUGCUCUGUCAUCGACCUUUCUGGGGACUCCCUCUUGCUUAAGAACACACAAGCUCUUGCGGCUAAAGAAACAGAAACAACAAUUAUCUUUAAUCCUAAAGUAUGCGCGGAUGUUGAUGUCGAAAUUGGGAGCUUUGUCCGUCUACAUUCGCCAUGGAAAGAAAUGGAAGUGAAGAACACCAAUGAGGUGAUCAUUUUGUCUUCAUAUUUCUCAAGUUUGUAAUGUAACUCACACAAAUGUCACAAAAACCCCGGAAAAAAAGCAGAGAAGCAAACGAUAGUUAAAGCACUGAUUGAUAACAAUAAGAUAGCAGAAUCGUGGAAACUGAAAGAUUGCACAACAUUAGAUUUUUUAAAAAUCAAAA